AUGAAAGAGCAACAGCAAAGACGUAAAUCGAGUAACGGUACUGGUCCAAAGCCCAAAAUCUUUAAAUGUACCGGUUAUGGUGAUUGUAAUAUGGUGUUUACCAGAAGUGAACAUCUUGCACGUCAUGCAAGAAAACAUACGGGUGAAAGGCCGUUUAUGUGUAUCGUGGAGGGUUGCAAGAAAGCAUUUAGCAGAUACGAUAACAUGAUGCAACACACACAAACGCAUAAAAAGAAC